UAUUUCGUUUGUCAAACAAACCCAUCGGCCGUAUUCCCUCGGAUCGUCACGUCAGUUCAUCUCUAAUGUGAUUUUCUGCUCUUAUUCACAUUCAAAAUCAUCCGUUUUUGUAUUAUAAAGGAAAAAUCUUUCGGAUCAUCAACCUAUUUUGCAUUUGAAGAAGAAAAAGUGAUAAAUUCAUCGUGUUUAAGCGAGAAAAGCAACGAAAAUAAAAAUCACGGAUCAUUAUUGAGGAUUGGCGAGACUCGAGCAGGGAAAUUAAUUGGAUUACGGAUAUUUGUGUGAAAAUUAAGCAUCGAUAUGGUCAAGACUCCGCCAAAGAUGACGAAACUCGUUGUUUCAGCGAUAAAAAAUCUUCGAGAUGUGCAUGGAUCAACGGCAAAGGAUAUUCUCAAUUAUGUCAUGAGGGAAUGUAAUGCCGAACCGUCAAUGGAGAGAAAGCUGAAUGCGGCACUGAAACGGGGUAUAGAUUUUGGCAUAUUGAAGCGUGCCCGCGGGCACUAUAUGCUGAACACCGAUCCAGAAUUGCUUCAAGACUCGGGUCCGAUGGAACGCGGGAGGAGGAGACGCCGUCGUCGCAGACGUGGACGCAGCGGAAAGAGUAAAAGCAGGCGCGGCCGCGGACGCAGGAGGAGAAGGAGGAGGCGCGGUGGCCGAAGGAAAGGUCGCGGAAGGAGCCGUGGUGGCCGUCGCGGACGUCGUGGCAGGAGUAGGAGAGGCAGACGCGGUGGACGUAUGAAACGUCACGGAAAUGUCGACGACAUUGAUAUGCUCUCGAAAGAACCCCUAGAGUCUUCGCGACCGAGUGUUGAGGGCACAGGAGCCGAUUUUGAGCAUCCCAGUAGUAGAAGUCGUUCACGCAACAGCCGAAGCCGGAGUCACACACCGAGUCAUAGCCAAUCGUCAUUGAGCAGCGAUCGAGAGGGUGUCGAUGGGAAUCCUCAAGCAGAAUAGACUUUUUAUAUUCUUUAUUUUUUAGAAUGAUUUUUUGCUUUUACAUAACCUUUAUUCACACGUCACUCUCAAAGUUUUUGCUCAUGUCGGGAAUCGAUAUUUUACA